UGUAGUGGCUACCUAAAAGUUCGCCAGGUGGCCCUGGACACCCACCCCUACGAAACCUGCUACCAACACGUGGGUCUAGUGGCCGUUGGACACUCCCUACCUAGCAGUGCCAUAACUGAGAUCAAGCUUCACAGCAAUAUGUUCAUGUUUCGGGCUAGUCUGGAUUUGAAGCUUAUAUUUUUGGAUUCC